AUGAACACUAACACGCUUCAGACCGAAAUGAAGCAGGCUAAACAGCAGCAACAAGACCUUCGCCAGACUGACGAGUUCUUAACCGGGUUAAUGAAACCAGGUGUUGUCGAGAAGGAGAAGCAAAGGCAUUCACCCGGUGACAGCAUUUCGUCGCGUCAAAUGAACGGACGCCCAAAGAUGCCUCGUAUGGAUUCUUUCUCUCGGUUCUCAGAUCCUCCAGCACCCCCUCCACAGCAACCACUACCCGAAAAACCCGAUGCUCUCCCGCGGAACGGAGCAGACGCGAUCUCUCCUCUAAAACGGACCGAUACGGAAAAGCCAAAGAUGAGUGCUGGCAGCUCCCCUGUGUCGCGAGAAUCCAGUCAAAUACUCUCACUCAUCGAGGCCUUGUCGUCUGCUAAGAGAGAGCUCGACAGCCAAGGUGCCCGCGUGAAAGAGCUUGAGAAUAUGCUCAUGCAAGAGCGGCACGCUCGGGAGUCGGCAGAAGAAAAGGCCAAAGCGCUGGAGCUUCUUUCCACCAAGGAGCCGAAAGACACUUUGGCGCCUAUCCCCGACUCGCAGCUUGACAAUUCUCUGGAGAAAACUGAGGAGGCAACUCCUGAGAAGCAAGAUGCUGAAGUCUCGGACGGCCCUACUGAACCGGAACAAGAGCAAACAUUGGUUGAUAACCAAUCCGAUAAGCUGCAACGUCGUCUAGAGGCGUUGAUGGGUGAAAUGGAAGAAAUGAGGAAACAGGUCUCCUUGUUCAAGGAUCGAGCAGAAAAGGCAGAAACCGAAACCGUCGAGACCCGCAAAUCGCUGGCUGAGAUGAUUGAGACGCUCCGAAAGGAGCGCGCCGAGACUCGUGACUCGCGUAAUGAGUCAGUCUCUGGAGUACAGACCACACCGGGCGUUGAGAGACUAUCCCCGGAACCUGAUGACGAGUCAGCUGCUGCUGUCGACAAGUCAAAGGCACUUCCGCAACUCUCAGUGUUGUCGCCUCACGCCACAGGGACAGAAUCCUCCGCCCCAGGAGUCACGGCACAGUCUCACAGACGUCUUGAUGCGAUUGAACAGUCAAGUCCGUAUGCUUCAAUGCUCGGGGUCGUGCUCCUUGGAGUUGGGCUAAUGGCCUACUUGAAUGGGUGGCAGAAGAUGGACAAGUAG